AUGCCACUUACUACAAAGAAACUCUGUGGUGAUCGGGAUCAUCAAGUUAUCUCCCCUGUGGACUAUGUGCGAGAGCUUGCAGCCAACAACAAGCUGGAGAACCUGACUGGUGGUGAGCCUCUGAAGAGCACACUCCGAGCCUUUUGGGAGCGAUUUCAAUAUUUGAGACCAGAUCACCCGGCACUGGCACACGGGGUUGAGGCCUGCGCCUGCAGUGUCCCGAUCCUGCUCUUCGGAGAUGAAGGCCGGGCCUUGAAGAAGCGAGCAGCUAUGGUGCUGGGCUGGGAGCCUAUGUUGGGCUUUGGGUGCAUGACACAUUGCACAGAUGACCCUGAAUCGCAUCAUGGCCACAAGCUCAACUUCGAUGGCUCCACAUACAAGACUCGGAUGCUGUACACCAUUAUGCACAAGAAGACCUAUGGAUCCAAGAAGUCCGGCAAUAAAUACUUGAUGUCACUUGUUGAUUGCUGGGCGUCGGACCAUGCAGAGGCCAUGCAGGGCGUGGUCGUACAGCACGGGCCAGAGACUAUCCGGGUCCACUUGAUUCCAGUUGGAAUCAAGUGCGAUUGGCCGGCAUUAGUCAAACUCGGCCAGAUCAAGAGAUCUUUCUAUUGCGAUGCCGUGCCGCAUGGGAAGGGUAUCUGCCACCUUUGCAUGGCGAAUACAGCCGCUUGCCCAGACUACAGCGGCGAUGGCUGGAAGGAGACCAUGCAGCACAGCGAGGCUUUCACAGCCCCCUGGGAUGCUGUGCCUGCAUUGGUUUCUCAGCUGUGCCCUGGUCUGGAUGAGUGGCAGCAAGCAGCGUUUUAUCGCCUGGAUCUCUUUCAUAUCUGCCACAAGGGAGUGAUGGCAGAGCUGGCAGGGUCUGGCCUCGUGACCCUCUUGGACAUGCGGCUUUACCCAGCUCGUGGGUCCUUUGAAGAUCGGCUGGGACUGGUGUAUGAGGACCUCAAGAGCUUCGCGAAGUCGGAGAAGCUGGAAGUCGCGACCCCCUAUGCCAUCUAUGAGAGCACCUGGGCCUAUGCCAUCUAUGAGAGCACCUGGGCCUAUGAGACCAGGUUCUGGCGGAGGCCAGAGGGUCGUGAUGUGAUGGUCCGAGUCCCAGAAGAUCUGGAUGAGCAGCCGGGGAACGAGGAGCCAUUGGAGGAGGCAUAUCCGGAUGGGGAGGCCACCGAUCAGGAGGAGUUUCCCCUGGAUGAGAUGGCUUUUUUGUGGGACGAACAGUAUGCCUCUGAAUAUGAUGUGGCUGGCCAAUAUGAUGAAGAGGGCGAGGCAUCGGUCCAGGAGUGGCCGGAGAUGGCAGAGCCGCCACAGGUGGCAGAGCAGGUGGCAGAGCCGCCGCAGGUGCCGGAGGUUGCACAUGUGCCAGAGCCGCAGGAGCCGCCACAGGAGACUCGGGUUCUUGUGAAGGCCGGCCAUAUGUGGGUCCUGGGUGAUGUGGCGCCGGCGACCGGCGAUCGAUGCACGCAGGACGGUGCGCCCUCCAUGGUCCCCACCGUGCUACGUGUGCAGCUGGAGUGGAAGGCUCUUGCCAGGACCAAGAAUCGCUGCAAGAAGGGCCUUCCCUGGAUUACUCUUCAUGGUGAGCCCGACUCGGCAAUGGGUAUGAUGGACCUUAAGAAAAAUGUUCCGUUGAUUCAGACGGCCCUUGAGAUCGCUCCCCAGAUGAUGAACAAGCCACGGCAGAUUGAAAAGGAAGUCAAGACCAUGUACGAGAAAAUGGAAUGGGAGGUGAAAGACAAGCAGCCGUACCUCGACUCCUGGAACAUUCGCAGGCUGGUUAGCUAUGCGCAGCGCAGGGCCAAGGAUGCUCAUCGGCGUGGACAGACGCCGCGAGAACUUUGGCUGCAGUUCCAUGAUUAA